ACAGCACAUUUCUACAUUACUACAAGGAAGAAGACAAAAAAAUGAAAGUAAUAAUUGUUUCAUUUAUAAUGUUCUUAAUCUUAUGUGGAUCAAUCUCAUCUGCAAUGUACUUCCACACUGGAGAAAGGCAAGAGAAAUGUCUAAUAGAGGAUAUUGCAUCAGAGACAUUGGUAACAGGUCGCUAUAAGAUGCAACAAUGGGACAUACGUCAACAUGACUUCCUCCCAUCUGCACCUGGGUUAGGACUGGUUGUGACUGUUAAAGCACCCAAUGAGGAGAUAUUGUUAUCAAAGGUUUAUGGUCAAGAAGGGAAAUUUACUUUUACAUCACACUCCUCUGGUGAGCAUGCCAUAUGUUUGCAGUCAAAUUCUACAAAUCUCAUUGCUUUUGCUUCAAGCAAAUUGCGUAUUCAUGUCGACAUACAAAUGGGAGAACAUCCUUUUGAUUAUGCUGCAAAUGAUCCAAAAGACAAAGUAAAGGAGGUUGCAUACAGCCUAGAGCACCUCCAAGGGGAAAUUAAUCACAUUACACAGCAACAAAAUUAUCAGAGGGAGCGUGAGGAAUAUUACAGACAAAAAAGUGAAGACACAAACAGCAAUGUGCUGUGGUGGGCAAUUAUACAGACAAUAAUUCUCACAUCUGUUGGCGUCUGGCAAAUAAAACACUUAAAAGAUUUUCUAAUAGCUAAAAAAGUUGUAUAAUUUUGACUUGACAUUAAACAACAAAAUGUAUUUGCAAUUUUACAA